AUGGUUCCCGCCAAAACCUUACUUGUCGUCUGCUUCCUAGUCCUGCAAUGUGACGUCACAUCUGCUGCCAAGGUAAACUUUCUGAGGUACUUCGCAGUCGCUGAGGUUGAAUCUGAGCAAGGAACACAGGUAAACCUGGUAGAGAACCCAGCUCCGAGAGCAGAUGAGCUGACGCCACCUCUAGUGCCUUCUACAGCCAAGGAUGCUGUGGGCUUGUACAAAGUGUCUUACGAAGACUACUAUGUGACCUGGGAACAGUUCAAGCUGGAGCACAAACGAGUCUACAAUGUCAGCGAAGAGAGCAAAAGGUUUGCCAUCUUCAUCGACAAUGUGAAAAUAAUUGAGCGUCACAACUGGCAGUUUCACAACGGGUUGACAACUUACUGGAUGGACAUUAACCAGUUCUCAGACUGGACAGAGGAGGAGUUUCAAAGCAUCCUGUCUCCUAUGAUGGUCAACAAAACCGUAGACACAAAAGCCACACCCCCGACUAUGGAUGUGGUAGUGGCAGACUCCGUAGACUGGAGAAGUCGAGGUUACGUCACAGGCGUCAAAAAUCAGUUACAGUGCGGAUCUUGCUGGGCAUUUAGUGCGACUGGUUCACUAGAAGGCCAGUGGUUUGCCAAGACCGGGAGACUGAUCCCCCUCUCCGAGCAGCAACUAGUGGACUGUUCCAGAAAUUAUGGAAACCAGGGAUGUAAUGGCGGCUGGAUGGACUGGGCUUUCACAUACAUCAUCGCUAGCAGAGGUAUAGCAGGAGAGACUGACUACCCAUACGUGGCGAGGGACGGAGUGUGCCACUAUCAACCAAGCACCGCCAAAGCCACUGUGGCUGGUUUCACUGAUAUUCCAUCGGGGAGUGAACAGGCACUUAAGAGCGCUGUAGGAAGUGUCGGUCCUGUUUCUGUGGGGGUGGCAGCAUCCAGCAACUUCCAGCAUUAUCGAGGAGGAAUCUUCAUAGACAACACCUGUACACAGAUCAACCACGGAGUGCUUGUGGUCGGCUAUGGAACAUCUGGCUCUCAAGAUUACUGGACAGUUAAAAACAGCUGGGGAACAAGUUGGGGCAACAGUGGCUACAUCUACAUGGCUAGAAACAGAGGCAACAUGUGCCAAAUCGCAACGAGGGCUUCUUUUCCCAGAGUAUAG